CGUGCAGUAAUCGCCCUAUAUUUGACAUCAGCUUUAAAUGGCCACAUCAGCAGACAGAUAAUCAGUUAGAUAAAGAAGAGCCAACGCCGGGGCCUCUAUAAAAAGGGAGGCUAACUGGGCAUUCUCAGUCCCACAGUCCUGCCACAGUAGUAACACUGCCCACGGUAGACAUGGCAUUCAACGGGACCUGGAAAGUUGAACGCAACGAGAACUAUGACAAGUUUAUGGAGCAGAUGGGCAUCAAUGUGAUGAAGAGGAAGUUGGCUGAACAUGACAACCUGAAGGUUAUCAUCGAGCAGACAGGAGACAAGUUCCACAUCAAGGAAUCCAGCACCUUCCGUAACAAAGACAUCGACUUCACCCUGGGCGUACAGUUUGACUACGCCCUGGCCGACGGCACCGAAGUCUCAGGUACUUGGGAGAUGGAUGGAGAUGUGUUGAAGGGUAAAUUCACCAGGAAAGACAACAGUAAGGUGCUGACCACCACUCGGGCCCUGGUGGGAGGAGAGCUAGUACAGAGCUAUAACUACGAUGGGGUGGAUGCCAAGAGGAUUUUCAAGAAGGCUUAAAGGGAUUCAUGACGAAUUUCUAUCUCGCAUACCAUUAUGUUUUUUCUAACCUUAAGAAUAUGUGGCAAGACUUUAGCUCAGGUGCCAAAUUUAAAGUAUGAGUCAAAAAUUGCAGUGCCUUCACCUCGUUCUCUAUACCCCAUGUACCCCCAAGAAUAGCUCCAAUAGUUCACUAUUGGAUGAAGGCCAUAUCACCCUCUGAAGAGCCCUUUAACUGAAGGUGUGGAACAUAGAAUUAAGAAUUAGAAUACUGGAAAGGUCAUGAACAUUCUUAUGACGGUACAAAGGUUAGCUAUGUUGGUCAGGGAGUUGGUCAACCAUGGUUUGCCAGUGCUGUGAUAAGAUAUUGUGUAAAAUAAUGAAUUUUAAGAACGUAUCUGCACUGGUAUGUUCGUUAGCUAUCUAGCCAGCCAAUUUCCGAGGAAUGAUUCCAUCCAUUUUUCAAAUGAACUGCCAAUAUACCAUUGAAACAAUGCAGUCAAUCCACAGCGAUACAGUGGCUGAAAUCAGUUGACGACAGGACUUAGUUAAUGAGGACUUAGUUAAUGAGGACUUAGUUAACGAGGACUUAGUUGUAAAUGCAACAAGUACUGACAUUGUAUCAUAUAAAAGCACUCACAGUUUUCAAAGAAAAUAAACAUUUAGACAUUGAUGGUCUGUUUACAUGUAUUUCAGAAGCUAUUUAUACAGAACAUUUGUAUAAAACAAGUAUAAACUGUAUUUAUAAUUAUAUGACAAUAUUUUAGUUUGACAUUAAUUAUAAUACACAAUUUCUGAUAUACUACAUGCCUUACUUUUAUUUUCCUGCAUGAAACAAAUCUGGAUUAUGCCUCUGCUGCCAUUCAUUCACAUUAGACUGGCUUGGAUUUCUACCUGACCAAUAUGGUUGCCAUUUUCAUCCCCAUUCUGGAACUUUGAGGGUUUAUGACAUAGCCCCUCUGGUAAAUGAAUAGCAUUUCCACAGUGUGGUCCACUAAAAUCUUCCAAAAAUUCGUAAAGCAAGGAACAUUAUGUUGGCUGAUAUACUUCCACAGUGACUACAACCUUUGAACAAUAAAGAUUAAACUCUCCACUGAAUCCAGAAAGGGUAACUGUCAUCUUUGGUGUACAUUUAACAGGUGUCCUUUUAUACUCAACUUUUUUAAAUAAUUGGUCUUGCACAAUAAAAUACUUUAACGUUCCAGUGAA